AUGUUUAUGCAGGAUAGAGACGGGAAUCUAGCUAAUGGUGCGAUUGCGAAUCUUGUGGAUGAAGUUGGUGGAGCGCUUGUACAAAUCGAAGGCUUACCUCCUUCUGUUUCUGUGGACAUGUCUAUUGCAUUCCUUUCUACAGCUAAGCUCGGUGAGGAGUUGGAGGUAACGUCGAGAUUGUUAGGCGAGAGAGGACGUUAUAAAGGAACACUUGUUGUUGUGAGAAACCAGAGGACCGGUGAGGUUAUAGCAGAAGGUCGUCAUUCUUUGUUUGGCAGGCAAGCUAGUAAACUCUGAGGUCGAAUCUUUCUUUUGGCGUUAUGACACUCAUCUUCAAGCUCUGGUCUCCGAUUCUGUUUUUCCACAGUCUCAACUAGUCUCAGCUUCGUCUUUUCUUGUAUGUGAUUUGGGAUGAUGAAGUCUCUGUCUCCAAUUGAUUCACCACUUCCGGGUAGUGUUCUUACUUCUUCUUGUUUUUUGAUUUCGAGACUAUUGCUUCUGCUUCACAAUCUUUGAAUCAACAUGUUCGAUCUUCUCCU